CGUAGGGUUGUAUAUGUACGUUUUGAUGGCGACUGUUUAGAAACAGAAUGUGUUGUUUUUGGGGUUUCUCAGCGUGAGAGAACCUCAAACUUUGAAUCUCGCAAGAUGAAAUUCGUAUCUGAUUCGUUUAGACGGUAACUGGGAUGUGUGAGGAAGUUACGGUGGCGGAACUUGUACAAAUGGGGAAUGCCUAGUGCAACUGUAGGAAACCAAUUUUCAUCUGAUAUGCCGUUAUCACGCACACGUUCCUUGCUGGCCAACAUUAAUGGGGCACCAUCGAACACCCCGAGUGAGACAUACCUGUCUCACAUUAAGGAAAAUAGUAACCAUCUGCCACCACUGAAGACUGGCCAGGAACUGCUUGCCCUCCAAGUCUCAACUUUACAAAUACCAAAUCAGCCUAGUACUGUGAAUCAGUCUCUGCCUUUAGUCAAUUCUGUUGCUUCUGAUGGAACGAACAGUCCAGUUCAAAAUAAAAAUGGUUCAACAAAACCAAAGACCAUGGUUGCUACUCCUGACCAAGUAAUGAAAUUGUAUAUGAACAAGCUCACUCCUUAUGAACAACAUGAAAUUUUCAGCUACCCUCAAAUUUAUUUUAUUGGUGCCAAUGCGAAAAAGAGGCCUGGAAUAAUAGGGACUCCAAACAACUGUGGUUAUGACAAUGAACAAGGCUCGUAUGUUCAUAUACCGCACGAUCACGUAGCAUACAGAUAUGAAGUUUUAAAAGUGAUUGGAAAAGGGAGUUUUGGACAGGUAGUAAAGGCAUAUGAUCACAAAAACCAUGAACAUGUAGCUCUGAAAAUGGUGCGGAAUGAGAAGAGGUUUCACAGACAGGCACAGGAAGAAAUUCGAAUUUUAGAACAUCUACGAAAACAAGAUAAGGAUAAUACAAUGAACAUCAUUCAUAUGUAUGAUAGUUUCACAUUCCGAAAUCAUAUGUGCAUAACUUUUGAAUUGCUAUCAAUAAACCUGUAUGAACUAAUUAAGAAGAACAAAUUUCAAGGUUUUAGUCUCCAAUUAGUGCGAAAAUUUUCCCACUCACUCUUGCAAUGCUUGGAUGCCCUGUACAAGAAUAAAAUUAUUCACUGUGACAUGAAACCCGAGAAUGUCUUGCUCAAGCAACAGGGCAGGAGUGGCAUAAAGGUAAUUGAUUUUGGGUCCAGUUGUUAUGAACAUCAGCGUGUUUACACUUACAUCCAGUCCCGGUUUUACCGUGCUCCAGAAGUCAUACUGGGAGCACAUUACGGUAUGCCCAUUGAUAUGUGGAGUUUAGGAUGUAUUUUGGCGGAACUACUUACGGGUUUCCCACUACUGCCAGGUGAAGAUGAAGGGGACCAGCUAGCCUGCAUCAUAGAGUUGCUGGGUAUGCCACCUCAGAAACUUUUGGAAGUAUCGAAGCGUUCAAAGAACUUCAUUAGUUCCAAAGGAUAUCCACGAUAUUGCACUGCUACAACUCUUCCCGAUGGGACAACAGUGUUGGGUGGAGGACUUUCUCGAAGAGGCAAAACCCGGGGUCCUCCAGGUUCCAAAGAGCUUAAACGGGCUCUUAAAGGCUGUGAUGACCCUCUGUUUUUGGACUUUAUCCGAAGGUGUUUAGAAUGGGAUCCAGAUGCAAGGAUGACACCUGCUGCUGCCCUACGGCAUGCUUGGCUAAGGAGACGACUCCCAAGGCCCCCUGCAGACAAAAAUGACACUCAGUCUUCUGGUCUUCGAACAUCAUCAUCAUCAUCCAGAAAUUCAAGCAAAACUACCACCAUUGGAAGUGGUGGUUUAAGCACCAAUAAACUUAGAGUUCAGCUUUCUGAUGAUAGAGCAAGCACCGUUCAUUCACGUCACUCUCAUCACUCAACAAAAUUACCUCAGAUCCCCACCAACACAUAACCACUUGCUCUGCUUCCAAAUGUGUUUAAUCAUGCCAUGUUGUAAAGUGUUUUGAAGGGUGAAAGGUUUGGUUGAAUUUGAUCAGAGGUGGCCAGACUGUUGCUUCCAGAAAAUUUAUACAUAGAUAAAAUUUGGUGAUUACAUUACUGUCUCACUUUUGCACAAUUUAAAAUAUAACAGUGUUUUUUCAUCCAAAAUUUGUAUUUAUACAAUUUCAUGGCAAUGAAUUUUGCCCAUUAUAUUGACUGAAAAUUUUUUGUUUGUGUAAAUAAGUAUAUACAUGUAAUUUUUGAGUGAAUGGGUUUAUGUUAACCAUUGUUAAAAUCAUUAACGAUAGACAUCUAAGAGUCACAUGUUAUCCAGUACACUGUUCAGAGGUUGUGAACUGUUGAGCAGCUGAUGGAAUGAAACUGUGAUAACAAAAAAUUGUGGAAAGUUGUUGUAUAUGAAUAUACAUCAUCCCAUGGAAGUUAACAUUCUCACAUCACAGUAAUCUUCAUAUAGUACCCUGCUAGUAAUCAAGCCCAUUUCAGGAACCAAGUCAUUAGUACUGCCACUUGCCAAUUGUCAUGGUCACAAGGGUUGACAUAGAGACCUUUACCUUUUUUAAUUUUGUGAUAAUUUUUACUGAUUACAUUUCCCACUCAUCUGGUUGCUGUCAUCAAGAUGACAGAGCCCAUUUGGAAUAAAUGCAUAUACAUCUCACUGUGUAUUAAAAUGUUACAUGACAUUUCACUUGCAUGACAUUGAUGGUGCAGCUGGAGCAUGCACUGUCCAGAAGAAUGUCCUAUCAUUUCCUAAUGACCCAAUUUAUGUACAAAGACAGUACACGCUAGUUUCUUAUCUAAUAUACAAAAUAAAUGAGAUCUUAGAAGGCAUUUCACCAGGCAGCAUUAUAUCUUUCAUUCCAUUUUGAUUAGUUAACUCCAAAAAAAGACAUUUAAAUCUCAUUCUGCGGUGUUUCAGUGCUCCAUAUCCAAGCAGUCUUCCUUCAUCUAGGAGACCACCAGAAUGACAUCUCAGGAUUGGCCUUGUCUCAUUAACCACCAACCUGUUUCACCAUUCUUGUUUAUACUGUGGUCCAUUCCCAGGCCUGUAAACCUCGUAUCAGGUUGGGUGUGGAAUUUCAAGGGGGAAACAACAAACAAAAUAUUUUCUUUUGAUAAACCUUUCGGAAGGGAUGAAGGAAGUAGUGUUCAUCCGUCUUACAUCUCUUAAAGCUUUACGUGAAGAAUUCUGCCUUCUUGCAUACUUUAUUAUAUACCCAAUUAUAUCCAGUCCAAAACCCUGCCAGUAGUGCCACUUUUCACCUGGCAGCAUUGUGUUUCAAAAUUUCUCCUUCCAUAUCUUUAAUGUUCUCUUUUUAUAACACUAUUAUAUCCUUGAAGUCAGCAGUUUUCUUCCUUAGUGAACAGAAGAGUGGGCUUUCAGUAAAACACAAUAUUGUUAUGUAAUUUUAAUGUGCUCUUUGGACUGCAGAAAGUGUGGGUGGAUGUAUGUUUACAUAUUGACACAUCUUGGACAAAAGAAGUGGGCAUCUCUGUUUCCUAUAUUACACUUAAUUGCUGUGUGGAAUAUGUACUGUACAUAUUCUUACAGAAGGAACAUAAACCAUCCGUUUGACAUGAAAACAGCUUAUAGGUCAUUUCUGAUGUUAUAUUCCAUAAAGUCUGGAAUGGGGGGGGGGAAUGGUAAAUUUUGUUUAUUUAAUUUUUAUUUAGUGAUGCUGUUGAUAACUUAGGCUAUACUGCAUUGAAUGGUAGGAUAAUUAGUGACUGGUGGAUUGAAAUGGAUCCAAAAAGAAAUAGUUGUGCCUAAAUUGUGUACCGUUCCAGCAUUUGUUUUGAAAGGGCUGAACAAAACUAUGCAGAACCUCUGUUAGAUAGUUGUCUCAGCUGAUAUUCAAACCAGGCACUUUCCAAAUAUGUCUGAAGGAUUACCAUCUGAGCCACCUUGCUUGGUGAUUUAGUAAUAUUAAUAACAGGAGUCAAUUAACAUUUGGAGCUGGUAUGUGUACAGAGUUUGCCUGGUAUAGGAAGACCCUGACCUGUACAUGAUGCUAAGACUUGAGUUGCCAGUUGGUUGUGGUAGAUGUAAGGAACAACAGCAGUGGGCUUGCAGACAUACUGAAAUUGUACUAAGGGUGUCACUAUGAAUCAGAUUAAUGCCAUUUGACCCUUUGUUGCUUCUGUUUUAUAAAUUUCUAUUUCAAAUGACCUACUUUUGGCUGCACAAAAUUUUGAGAAUGGUACAGACCUAAUACUUGAGUAUGAAUACCAGUUUAUAAAAAUCAGUUGAACACUAAUGCAUACAAUAAGGAGAAGAGCCAUACUGUCAGCAGCCUUAUGUAUUGUAGCAUUGUUCAGAGUUACACCAGCGACAGAGAUGUGCAGUAUUCAUGCACAAAGCUCUCAUGUGGGCCAUGGUUGUGGACUGAAUGUAUGCUGUAACACAUUGCGGACUGGCAUGCUCCUUUCUUUAUGUCCCACAAUUCUCGAAUUUUCGUAAGGAUGUAAAUGCUCCGUCUUUUGAGGCACUCUUUACAUAGCCUAAAACUGGGAAAACUGCAUACAGACUUCAUGAAAUAAACUUCUGAGUAGUGGGAGAACAUAAAAUUUACAAGUACAUCUUUUUUCAUAAUGCUUUCUAUGUGAAGCAUAAACCCUACACUGUGUUUCAUGAAACACCUCUCCAGACACAAGUACUUCUGUUUUUGUUUGUUUGUUUGUAGUCUUGAGAAUCUGCCUGGAGAGUUCUGUUUAGGAUACUUUUGGUGGUGGUUAUUUCUCUGUAAGCUCAGACUCAUCAGGCCCAAAUUCAUUUCUACCCUUCUAAAAAUUCACACCUUCCUGACCUCAUGCAGAAAUGUAUGGUUUUACUGUUUUAUUCAUGUUUAAAUUUUUCACAAAAUGCGUUAAACAUUGCAUAGCUCAGAUGACUAGAGGACUGGUUUUUCAGACUAUUUGGCAGUUGCCCUGAGACCUGAGUAGUACUUCCUGAUCUGGCAUGUCUGUACCUUAAAUUGUCUUCUUAUGACCUGUUCAGUUAGAGUUAUCAACACUGAAAUAUUCUUCAUUCCAAUGGUUGUAACAUUGGACCACCUCAAUAUUUUAGGUGUUACUUUCCAUUGUUCUGCAUUUUGAGUGUGAUUACAAUUAGACACUUGUAUUAUUGUCACCAGUUAUUGGACUCCCAGGAUUGUCGAUGUGUACAUUCAAACCUUUUUCCAAGGAAAGGUUCAUCACUUGGUCAUUCAUAAACUGCACCAUGUAUUACCUUUUUUCAUCAACAGAAUGAACAGUAGGUGCUGAUUAGAACUUUCUUCUAUCCCUAAACUCAAUGUGGCCUUGUCGCUGACCAGUUAUUCAGUGUCACUUGUUUCAUUUUCAUCAAAAACAUAUCAACAUACAACUUGGACAAAAUAUCUUUAUGUUGAGAAACUUUCCUCUGCUGGUUAAUGUUUGAUAAUGAUGAAUGCUUCAGAUGAAGUUAAAGGAAGAGCUGAAAGUGUGGUAGUUUGUUUUGGACCCUAAUUGUAUGUAGGGUAUGCGAUAAAAAGGGGUCUGUGUUUGUUACUGAGAGACAUACACCCAUUGCCUCAAACUGCUAAUAACCUUGGGAUGAUGAGCAAGCCAAAUCAGUAUCCAUGUACUUCAGGAUGACAGAUGUUAAGGAAACAUAAAAUUACAUGACAUACAAGGAAAGCAAAGUAAGGAAUAUUAUUUGUGGCUUUUUGUGUACUAUCCACCUGAGAGUUAUGAAAGUCUGGCUGCGCUGUCGAGUAGGUGUUUUCGUAUAUUAUGUGAGCUCAUCUUUCUUUCUUAUAAUUUUUGAGUACUGUUUAUACUUUGAAUUUUGGUUGUAUCUUGAUCUUUUCCUUUCUGUUAAAAUAAUAUAAUGAAUUAAAAAUUGUAAUAAUUUGUGACAGUGGUGUAGUAAUGAGUGAUAAAUUUUCUGGUCAUGAUCCAUCACCCUAAUUCUUACUUGAAACAGUGUUUUGGAAACUGGACUCUGUAUCCAUUCUCAGAUGAAAUAUCUACCCUUUGUUCCACAGGAUAAGUUCAUGCAGUUAUUAUGCAGGUGUUGUCAUCCAGUUAGGUAAAGCUGUC